CUUUACCACCGCAGCUUUUCAUAUCCCUGGGCAGCAUGGCGCGGCUCCCCGUCGCGCUCGCCGCGUGCCUCGCCGCACUGGGGGCCGCCUGGCCGGCGGACGCCGCAGCCGCGCUCCUGCAGCGGGACGACGACGUCGUGAUCGGCGUCGGGGACGAAGACGGGGACUUCUCAGACCUCGGCCUCGACCUGGAGGAUCAGACUCCGUGGACGGCGAGGGCAAGCCCGGCAGGAAGCGCCGCGCCAGGUCGGUCCGGCGCUCGGAUCUCGAGGCCCGGACCGCGUUCAUCGACGAGGCCAUCCCGGUGCUGGAGAGAGAACGGCCGGCGUCUUUCAAGGUCAAGACUCAGCAGUUGA